AUGUCCGACGUCCCACCAACCGAGUCCAUUCCCAAACCAGAGGAACCUAAAGCACCAGCCCCUGCACCUCAGUUCCAGCAAGUACCUCCACCAAAUUACUACCAAUUUCCACCUCAAGGUUACUACCAAUUUCCACUACAAGGCUUCCCGAACUACCCUCCUCAGCCUAUGCCUUACUUCCCCAACC